ACCCUGUGUUCUUAGCAGAGCUACAGUAGCGGAGCACAGCAGUCAGAGUGGUAUAUGACGCGCAGUAGCAUACAGAGAAAGAGCAAUAAGGAAACAUAACAUUCAAGGCAUUAAUUCAAGGAUCAAAGAUAGUCUACUGAAUUUGCUACAUCUUUCUUCGAGAUUGUAGGCUAAGUUUAACCGUAUGUUAUCUUUUGGACUGUGUCUUUUACUUGUGCGGUGCUGCUUAACGUCAGCGCAAAUCCCAUAUCUCUCACUUGUGACUAGUGAGAGGAGCUGGCUGCCUGUGCGCUGAGUAGUUUUCCGGAUAUCAGCACCGGCUGCGUGCCUUUGCGCGGAGCGGAGAAGCUGCAUCAGCCUACAGGGUUGUCCCGGACCAGCCCCUGCGUAGCCUACUACAAGCUAUUGACCGGGGAAAUAAUUGGAAAUUGACUUCCUCUCUCUCCGUUGGAGACCUGUUCUUUCUUGUGGACCGACGGAUUACCUCUUGCCUGGUCGUCAUUUCCAAGGAGUUGAAACGGGAGUUGGUGUUGUGCUGGGGAUUUUUAUUUCUUAUUUUACCGACUCCGACUACUUGUGUGUUCGAAAUGGCAACACCAGAGCUUAGGAGUGGAGUCAAUCUGAGUAGAGGAAACCGGAGCUGAAUGACAGGAUGCAGCAAACGACCUGAGACAUAUCCACAAUUCAACUGUUUUAUUCAAGACCCUUCUGCUUUAUUUAUCCCCUUCGGCCUGAAAAACUUUGGGAGAAGUUUUGUUUAGUUUUUCUGUUUUCCUAAUUAUUAUUAUUGUUUCAAAAAAAAACAAGGAUGCAUUUUGGAUUAGUGCUGUUCCUCUUAAUGGGAAUCUUCUUCGUUGCUAAUGCUUUCAAAAAUGACAAGUGCGGGGACAACAUCAGAAUAACGAAUGCGAACUACCUCACAUCACCUGGCUAUCCAGCUUCAUAUGUAUCAUCUCAAAAAUGUGUUUGGGUGAUAACAGCGCCCGGACCUCACCAGCGAAUUCUAAUCAACUUUAACCCGCAUUUUGAUCUGGAGGACAGAGAGUGCAAGUACGACUAUGUGGAGGUGCGUGAUGGAGUGGAUGAGAGUGGUCAGCUGGUUGGAAAGUACUGCGGGAAGAUCGCCCCGUCGCCCGUGGUGUCGUCCGGGAACCAGCUCUUCAUCAAGUUUGUUUCCGACUACGAGACCCACGGAGCUGGCUUCUCCAUCCGCUACGAGGUUUUCAAAACGGGUCCAGAAUGUUCCAGAAACUUCACCUCCAACAGUGGGGUGAUAAAGUCCCCCGGUUUCCCUGAGAAAUAUCCCAACAACCUGGACUGCACCUUUAUGGUCUUUGCCCCGAAGAUGUCUGAGAUCAUCCUGGAGUUUGAGAGCUUUGAAUUGGAGCCUGACACAACUCCACCCACUGGGAUCUUCUGUCGUUACGAUAGGCUAGAGAUCUGGGACGGCUUCCCGGGAGUCGGUCCGUACAUCGGGCGUUAUUGCGGUCAAACCACCCCGGGUCGUAUCAUCUCCUACACAGGCAUCCUAGCCCUGACAAUCAACACGGACAGUGCCAUCGCCAAGGAAGGCUUCUCAGCCAACUUCACCGUCCUGCAGCGGACAGUACCGGAGGACUUUGACUGUACAGACCCAUUAGGUAUGGAGUCAGGGGAGAUAGCGUCAGAGCAGAUCAUGGCUUCAUCCAAGUACAACCCUGGCUGGUCCUCAGAGAGAGCCAGACUCAACUACUAUGAGAACGCAUGGACACCAGGAGAGGACAAUAACAAAGAGUGGAUACAGGUGGACUUGGGUUUCCUCCGGUUUGUGUCCGCUGUUGGAACGCAGGGGGCUGUUUCCCAGGAAACCCAGAGGGCCUACUGGGUCAAGUCCUACAAGGUGGACGUCAGCUCCAAUGGAGAAGACUGGAUCACACUGAAGGAAGGGUCAAAACAAAAGGUUUUCCAAGGGAACACCAACCCCACUGAUGUUGUCAAGACCAUGCUUCCCAAACCAACACUGACUCGCUUUGUCCGGAUUCGGCCAGUUGCCUGGGAAACGGGCAUCGCGCUGCGCUUCGAGGUGUAUGGCUGUAAGAUAUCAGAGUAUCCGUGUUCGGGCAUGCUGGGCAUGGUCUCGGGUCUGAUUACAGACGCUCAGAUUACCGCUUCGUCCCACACUGACCGGAGCUGGGUCCCAGAAAACGCUCGCCUGCUGACCAGUCGCUCUGGAUGGACCCUGCUACCCCAGCCUCAGCCCUUCACCUCAGAGUGGCUUCAGGUGGACCUAGGUGAGGAGAAGCUGGUACGCGGUCUCAUUAUCCAGGGAGGGAAACACAGAGAGAACAAGGUGUUCAUGAAGAAGUUCCGGCUGGAGUACAGCAACAACGGAUCUGAUUGGAAGAUGGUUCAGGACGACAACGGCAACAAGCCAAAGAUUUUUGAGGGCAAUCAGAAUUACGACACGCCAGAGCUGAGGACCCUGGAGCCCUUACUAACCCGUUACAUCAGGGUCUACCCAGAGAGGUCAACCCCUGCUGGGAUGGGCCUUCGACUCGAGCUCCUGGGCUGUGAGAUCGAAGCUCCCACCCUCCCCCCCACCACGCCGCCUCCUCCCACCACUCCUUCAGACGAGUGUGACGAUGACCAGGCCAGCUGCCACAGUGGAACAGGUGAUGACUACGAUGUGACAGGUGGGACAACAGGGCCAGAGGCCACAGCAAAGGUGGCAGACAUCAUCCCAGCAUUCUUGUGGUUUGCGUGUGACUUUGGCUGGGCCAACAACCCCUCAUUCUGCAACUGGAGCUCGGAGGAUAGUGGGUUCAGAUGGCAGAUCCAGUCCAGCGGUACACCCACCCUGAACACGGGCCCUAACAUGGACCACACAGGGGGGUCCGGCAACUUCAUCUAUACCCUAGCGACGGGCACCCAGGAAACCGAAGUGGCGAGGUUGGUCAGUCCGAUGGUGACGGGCAAUCAGUCGUACCUGUGUGUGUCAUUUUGGUACCACAUGUUCGGCUCGCGUAUCGGAACACUCAAUGUCAAGCAGAGGAAGGAAACCGUGGAAGGACAGGCAGACUUUCUGCUGUGGACCGUCAGUGGUCACCAGGGAAACCGCUGGAGGGAGGGUCGAGUGCUGGUGCCCCACUCUAGCGAACCCUAUCAGGUGGUGAUUGAAGGGUUGGUGGAGAGCAAAAGUUGGGGUGACAUCGCCGUGGACGACAUCAAGAUCCUGGAAAAUGUCAACAUGGCGGACUGCAAGGAUCCUGACGUUCCCGCAGAGCCCAUUCUGCCUGAAGACCGAUUUAAUGAAAUAAUUGUGGACAUCACAGGCUUCCCGGAGCUUGUGGAGAACAAUGACAUCCUCAACGGUGUCAGUGGCGGUGCAGGCAACAUGCUGAAGACGCUGGACCCCAUCCUCAUCACCAUCAUUGCUAUGAGCGCCCUAGGGGUCUUCCUCGGGGCCAUCUGCGGGGUCGUCCUCUACUGCGCCUGCUCGCACGGACACAUGUCCGACAGGAACUUAUCCGCUCUGGAGAAUUAUAACUUUGAGCUGGUGGACGGAGUCAAGCUAAAGAAGGACAAGCUCAACUCACAGAACUCGUACACAGAGGCAUGAGCAGGAAGAUGGAAGGGACACGUGUGUCUGUGCGUUCGUGCGUGUGUGAGUUAGGGAGUGACUGGGGAGUGCGGCGUGCUGUGAGCAUGCACAAGACUCUAGGCAUAGCAGAGACUCUGUGUGGCCGGGGCUAAAGGGACUGCCAAAGGCCUCUCAUUGGAGGUGGCACAGGUUCAGGAACCAAUGGGAGGUUCUGACUGAUUCUUUGCUUUUCUCAGGAGCUGCAGUAACGGGAACCUACCAGUAGGGGACACUGUGUACAAAAUUAAAUACAGGAAAAAAAAGAUGUACAGAUGAUUAGAUCGUUAUUUUAAUUUUUCUAUUUGAUUUUCAUUCAUUUUUACAAUCGGAUGCUGGUUUUGAGACCAAUUUAAUGAUCAUAAUGUUAAAAGUAUUUAUCAUUUUCUGGGAGGAGCAAAAACUGUGUUGUUAUAAUAAUUAUUUCAAAUCAGAUUUCUUGUUUUCUUUUGUUGAAGUAGAAGUAUCAAAACCCCAAAUGAACCAUAAGUGACAAUGUUGUUGCCCCUGUCCACAGGUGGGAGCCAGAGGUUGAUGAUAAAAGGUUGUGCCACUUGGCAGUAGAUGGUUCUGACAGUGCCUUUAAUGCAUUAUUGUUGGCCUCCUCUUAUGAUUUUAGGGUUUUUUCAUCUCAUUUGUUCUGACAACAUUGUGAAAACUGAAGCAGGGGCUUUAAAUUAGCGAUUAAUCAAGUCUGCGAAACAGGAUCCAAUUCAAUCUCACCAUGGCGCUUUUCUCUCUGUCCCAGACCCACAUAAUAUUGUACAUACGUUUUAAUAUAUUUUAAUGCCGUUUUUUAAGAAAGUAAAAGGUUAAAAAAAAAAAAAAAGCUGCAGUAUCCCUUUUUUCAAUGGGUUGUGUGUUGUAAAUACAAUUGUCUGACUGUUGUCGUGAAGGGUGAAGUGUUUUGGUUUUAUUGUUUUCUUUCGUUGCUCUCUAGAAAAGAGUGCAGGCUCUGUGUGCUGUGUGAAGACUGUUGUUAUGGCAACAUGCACAUUCAAAGAAGACAUGUUCUUGUCCUACAUUUUUCUAGAUGCAAUCCACUUCAUGGCGCCGGGAUGAGGACAAAGAGGAAUUUGCCAUAAACAACACCUAUAAGAAAAAGAAAAGUUGUGUUCAUGUUAUUAUACAUUAUAUUCAAACUUUUUGCCAGCCACACACUCUAUCCUCCCGUCCUCACAGGGUCCGUCAUUUGUUCGCAUAUUAACAGCUGCAGCGGAGAGUCGUGAAGUGUCUACCAGCAUACCAAAAAACAACCGUUGCUUUGAUAUUAGCUACAGGAGGUCAAAUCGUGUCUGUUUCCCUCCAGCUCCAGGUGUCUGUGGAUCGAUUGUCUUACAAAACGACGAUUUAGCAAUUGUAUGUCUGUAACGCCAGCUGUUCUGAGGUGGGAUGGAGUUUCAGCUGGGGUGUAUAUAUGGUGCUAAUCUACACCACUGCGGGCUAGACACUCAUAAUCGGAACUAUAGCACGGUUCAUGUACUGUCAUUUACUGUAGACUGCUUUGGCCUAGUCGUGUCAUGACGUUUACGCGUAGAGUGUAGCAGCCAUACGUUGUGAUGUCAGGGGCUGAUGUCAUUAGGAAGAGACACUGGUACAUAGCUAAGGAGCUGAGUGAUGUCACCGAGCAUGGCAAAUCAGGUCACUUGCCCUGUUGUCAAUUUACCAAAGGAUGAUUGGAUACCUCUUCUAUUGGGGGAGGGGUUUAUCAGCACACUACUACUACUACUACAACUACUACUGCAGCAUUUCAACCAUAAUCGCAACCACAUUUUUGAAAAACUUUCACAGUAAAAAGUCCUCAUUGCACUGGCUGGACUCAAAGUCAAAUGGGACAGGUUGUUGACCUGUAGAUACGCAAUGUCCUACAGUACAUUUUUCUACUUUUUUUCCCCUAGCGGAAUAUACAUAUCUUACUUCAAUGUGAACUCUUUGAAAUCUCUUGACGCUCCUGGAGUUCAAAUCUACCAAUGGAUUUCUCCAUCCUGAAAGUUUUAGGAUGGAGAAGCAGAUCUUUAGUAAGGACUCACAGGAUCAAAGGAGGACUUGACCAUUGGAACGGCCCAGUGGUUUUUCUACACCACAACAAUCACCUUAUCUGAACAGGGGGACAUUUGCUACAUCUGUGUGCUAUGUCGUGUGCUGUGGUGAACACAUUCUCAGCUUGGCUUUUGUUCAUUUCAGGUUUGAUGUCCCACUUUGCAAUGCUUACUGUUUUGUGAAUUCAGCUUGGAGGGCAGUAGCCUGUCUGGUAACUAGAGAAAAAGGAUACUGUAGCGUGGAAGCUAAAAAGAUACAAUGUUGCACUGAUAAAUAUAUUUAAGAAGUUUAUGUGUUUAUAGCAUUCAUUUGUAAGGAAAACCUCAAACAAAAAAACAGUGUUCUUUUUAUUUCUUCUUUAUAUAGUUUCAGAUUAUGCGAUAUAAUUCUGAAAUGUACAAAUUAUUGAAAAAUGUAUAAAAACUUCCUAUAGUAAUGUCCCCAUUUACCUGGAUUAUUAUCGCUUCGUUUUGUACUGUCAUUCAAAUUUUGUGCAGAU